AUGACCCCUCAGCAUAAAGAGAAUAGGGUCCAGUGGUGCCGUAGAUUCAUAAGCAAGGGUGAAGAGUUUUGGAAUACUGUGGUCUUUAGCGAUGAGAAAAAGUUCAAUGGUGAUGGUCCUGAUGGUUUUGCCUCGUACUGGCAUGAUCUCCGCACCAAAGAGCGAAUUUUUUCUAAGCGACAGAAUGGGGGAUUUUCGGUUAUGGUGUGGGGUGCCAUUAGUUUAUAUGGUGUUUCUCCUAUUGUUUUUAUGGAUGGAAGACAGGAUUCUACUAAGUAUGUUGAUGUUUUGCGCCACGGUUUACUGCCAUUUAGCUCAGAGGUAUUUGGGGAAGGGCAGGGUUGGGUGUUCCAGCAGGACAAUGCCCCGAUUCAUACUUCAAAUUUUACAAGAACUUGGCUCUCUGGCCAUUCUAUAAGGACUCUACCGUGGCCUCCUAAGUCCCCAGACAUGAAUAUUAUCGAGAAUGUCUGGGGAGUCAUGGCUAGAAUGGUGUACGCAAGAGGCAGACAUUAUCAGAAUGUUAGAGAGUUGAAGGAUGCCAUUGAAGAGGCUUGGUCUACAGUGGGGUCGGACCUUCUUUUAAAGCUGUACAAGAGCCUACCCCGUCGUAUGCAUGCUGUCAUGGAUGCGCGGGGUGGUGCAACAAAUAUCCGCUACCUAUUCUCCUCUCGCCGCUCCUAUGCUCUCUCGAGACGAUCCUUCUCCAACGUUCGCCUCUCUCUCCCCCUGAUAUCCUCUGCCGCUGCGCGUGACGAAAUUCCGGCAGUGCUACUUACAUCCUUGUUCACUCCCAUUUCCCAUAACACCCGGACCCCAAACAUCCAACAAAAGUCCCGGUUUCAAGUUAUUCACUUUCCCCCUCAACCAGUAUCAAGCGGGCCCGAGCUCACGACGCAGGCGCUGAACCAUUUAGAGCCUCAUGCCGUCACACCAGCACACCGACCCGACUUUGAUCUGUCCAAGAUCCGGGGUUUCGUUGUCAAGUGUAAAGAUUACAUCCCUAAGGUGAUGUAG